UAGGGUUUUCUCUUCCUCUUCAUUCCCAGUGCCGAUCGAUUUGCUCCCACAAAAGGGGGGCUCUUUUACUUGGCCCCAAUUGCCCUUUCGCUGCUGCCGUCGCUCCUCCCCUUCUCGCCCUUAACAUGUCUUUCUACCGCCACCUCCUCCUCCUCCGCUCCCUCCGCGCGGCCCCCGACCGCUGCCGUCCCCUGCUGUUCGGCGCCCUCUCCGCUCCCUCCCGCCCCUUCGCCUUCUCCUCCGCCGAGGAGGCGGCGGCCGAGCGUCGCCGCCGCAAGCGCCGCCUCCGCAUCGAGCCCCCCCUCCACGCCCUCCGCCGCGACCCCAACGCCCCGCGCCCCCCGCGCGACCCCAACGCCCCUCGCCUCCCGGACUCCACCUCCGCCCUCGUCGGCCCCCGCCUCAAUCUUCACAACCGCGUCCAGUCCCUCAUCCGCGCCGGCGACCUCGACGCGGCGUCCUCCACCGCCCGCCACGCCGUCUUCUCCUCAGUUCGCCCCACCGUCUUCACCUGCAAUGCUAUCACCGCCUCCAUGCUUCGCGCCGGUCGCCUUGAUGAUGUCGUCGCCCUCUUUUCCUUCUUCUUCAAUCAGUCCAACAUCGUCCCUAACGUUGUCUCCUAUAACAUCCUCAUCAACGCCCACUGCAACGCUGGCCGCGUCGACGUCGCCCUCGACGUCUACCGCCACGUCCUCGACAACGCCCCCUUUUCCCCCUCCUACGUCACCUAUCGCCACCUCACCAAGGGCCUCGUCGAUGCGGACCGUAUCCAGGAAGCUAUCGACCUACUCCGUGAGAUGCUCAACCGCGGCCACGGCGCCGACUCCAUCGUCUACAACACCCUCAUGGCUGGCUUUAUCGACCGUGGGAACAUGGAGAAGGCCCUGGAGCUCUUUGAUGAGCUCCGUGAGCGCUGCCUGGUCUACGAUGGGGUCGUGCACUCGACCCUGAUGGAGGCUUACUUCAAGCGUGGGAUGGACAAAGAGGCGAUGGAGUCGUACCAGUCGCUGCUUGACCGACAGUUCAAGAUGACCCCCGUCACCUGCAACACCCUCAUCGAGACUUUGCUGAAGCACGAUAAGUUGGCCGAGGCCAAUAAGAUGUUUGAGAAUAUGCUCGAGAACCACACACCACCCAGCUUCACGGCUAUCAACACAGACACUUAUAAUUUGAUGGUGAAUCAACGUUUCAAGGAAGGGAAGAUCUUGGAAGCCAUCGAGGUAUUCCACCGGCAGCCCAAGAAACCAUGCAUAAUGGACGUCAGCUGCUUCAAUAACAUCAUUGGGAAGCUCUGUGAGAACGGAUUGCUUUCUGAGGCAGAAAAGCUGUUCGAAGAAAUGCCUGAAAAGUCAGUCAAUCCGGAUGCAACCACUUAUCAGUUUCUGGUCGAUGCAUGCUUCAGGGAAGGGAGGACAGACGAUGCAUUGGAGUACUUCAAGAAGACAAUCGAGAGUAGUGGGGGAAGCCCUGGCUUUAGGGUUGUUGUGGGAUUCUACAACAUGAUGUUUGAGGGAUUGGUGAAGGCAGGGAGGACCAAUCAAGCAUUGGAGACUUUUGGGAAGAUGUGGGAGAGGGGGCUUAAACCAAAUAGAACAAGUUAUGAGGUUUUGGUUACUCAACUGUGCAAAGAAGGAAACUUGGAUGGAGGACGAGAGUUGUUGGAACAGAUGCUAAGAAGCCAGAUAAAUGCUUCCCCUGAAUUCACUGCAUUUGUGUUUGAUACUUUUGGCAAUGCAGGACGCAGUCAGGAGAUACAAGGGCUGUUUGCUGGGAACUCAGGCAAUGUUGCUUCUCAAACAGAACAGGUAGCAGUUAUGAACUAGACAGCUUAUACCACUCAAAACUUCUCUUCUUGUCCACAGAAGAAUUGGCUUCUAAAUUUUUCAGAAAGUUAUCGUUAUGGAAGUGCUUCUACGUGGAUUCUUCUGCUAUUUUGUUAAAGAUAAGUCAUGAGGGUAGUUAUUCUCUCAGGAGCUAGAGUGUAAGGAUCUGCAUGGUAGGAACUGUUGUACUAUGGUGGUGAUCUUUGCGUUGACCUGCUCUGGGUUACUUAAUGUUCAGUUAAGAUGAUCUGUUUAAUGGUGAUCAUUUCUAAAAGCUGCUAUAUAUUAUCUGAUAAACUCUGUACUUUUUAGCAACAUGGCAUGCCUAUUUGUCCUUUGCAAACUUCUAAAUAUUUUGCUAUUGAACUAAGUGCAUUAUGUCGUUGUCCUUUUGCUAUAAUAGUUAUGCAUUGGCAA